UGCGGGCUAGAGCUGUACAGUAAACAAUUCUGGUACACACCAGAAUUUAACUGUAUGCUAGCGCAGACGUCGCAUGCCGCAUGUGCACGUCUGUCAGUUGAGCCUGGGUGAACACCACCAUACAAGCUGAACCAGGAGGAAAACAAUCUUUAGCGCUUAUUUUGGCUCUCCUCGAGGGCGCGUGAUUGCGUGAUGAGAAAGAAGAGAACGGCUGCCAUCAUGAACGAAUGUAAAACACACCACCGAUUUUAGGCUGGCAUUGGUGUGGGGGGAAAAACAAGUAAAUCGCCCAGCAAUGGAGAACCAGGCGGCGAUGGAGCAGCAGAGCUACGAGGACGUGCGGAAAAGCGGUUAUCUCCGCAAGCAGAAAUCUAUGCACCGGCGCUUUUUCGUUCUCCGGGCUGCAUCGGAGCAGGGCCCGGCCAGACUCGAAUAUUAUGAAAACGAAAAGAAAUUCCGAAGCAAGUCACCAGUCCCAAAGAAAGCAGUUAACCUGGACUCUUGCUUCAACAUCAACAAACGGGCAGAUUCAAAGAACAAGCACAUGAUAGUGCUGUAUACCCGCGGAGAGAGCUUUGCCAUAGCUGCGGACACUGAGGAGGUCCAAAACGAAUGGUACCAGGCCAUGCUGGAUCUACAAUGUAAAUGUAAGACUCCUGAUGACUGUGACAGUGGAGGAGACUGUGGACUGCCUUCCCCUGGUCCUGCCUUUAAGGAGGUCUGGCAGGUUAAAGUCUGGCCAAAAGGCUUGGGCCAGGCCAGGAAUCUAGUUGGCAUCUACCGACUUUGCUUGACCGACAAAACAGUCAACUUUGUCAAACUUAACUCUGAUGUUGCAGCUGUGGUCCUCCAGCUGAUGAAUGUGCGACGCUGUGGCCACUCCGAGAACUUCUUUUUCAUUGAAGUGGGUCGUUCAGCCAUGACAGGCCCUGGAGAAUUCUGGAUGCAAGUGGAGGAUUCAGUGGUGGCGCAGAACAUGCAUGAGACCCUUCUUGAGGCCAUGAAGGCUCUGAGUGAAGAGUUCCGUCAAAGAAGUAAAUCCCAGACUGUUGGCGUGUCUUGUGGAGGUGGUACUGCUUCUAACCCUAUUAGUGUACCAUCUAGACGGCACCACCCAAAUCUGCCACCCUCCCAGGUUGGCUUUUCCAGACGUGCUAGAACGGAAACCCCAGGAGUACCUCAUAGCACCAACACUUCCCCCACUACACGGCAUGGAUUCUCUAGGUCACGAACAGCGAGUAUUGGGGCUCGUACAGAGGAUGGAGUGGGCAGAGCAACAGCACUCAGCACCAGCCCAAGUCUCAAUGGUUCAUCCUGCUCAACUACCCCAACCCUGCGACCUAAACCCACACGAGCACCCACUCCAGCCAAGAUCACCCUCAGCCUAGCACGGUACACUCCUAUCCCUGCACCUUCCCCAGCUCCCAGUCUCUCUUCCAGCUCUGGGCAUGGGUCAGAAUGUGGGUUGGGAAUAGCUGCCUUUGGAACAGUGCCCAUUUGCGCCUAUACCCGAAUUCCUCAGAGAGUGUCCAUGUCAGGAUCACCAAGUGAUUAUGGUUCCUCAGAUGAGUAUGGUUCCAGCCCUAGUGAGCACUCCCUGCUAGCCGCAGGACUCCCUGCUGCCCUGGUUGAAGGCGGAGCCAGUUACAUCCUGAUGGGUCAGCGAAAAGGGUCUCACAAACGUGCUCAUGAACGCAGGGUUCUUCGUCGAUCAUCUGGUCGUGAGUGUGAAGCUGAGCGCAGGUUGCUCAGCAAGCGAGCUUCCUUACCCCCUACCUCUGUCCAGGAAUGCUUGGUCUCUCGUCGCAAGGAGGAGGAAGAGGAGGAUGAAGAAGACUAUGCAGUGAUGUCACGCAGUGCAAGUAGAGAGUCUUUCAAUUCACGCCGAGGCUCAGUGGGUUCAGCUACAACAUCGUUGGUGCAACUGGAACACUCAGCCGAUAAAGGUGUCAGUACUAAAGGUGGACCUGAGGAUUCCUCAAUUGACAGUGGCUAUAUGUCCAUGUUACCAGGUGUUACAGCUCCCCCUGCUUCAUUGUCAUUACCAGUUUCUGGUUCAGAUGUAGUGUCAAAGGGUGCAGAUGAAUACAUGGCAAUGACCCCCAAUAGUAGUAUCUCACCACCUCAACACAUCCGCCUACCCAUCAGUGAAGAAUACAUGAUGAUGUCUCCUAACAGUAGCUGUUCACCAGACCUGCAUGGCCUGAGUGGAUGCAUCUGGAGCAGCAGGGGCAGCAUGGAGAGUCGAGGAGGCAGCGAUUACAUGAACAUGUCACCUAUAAAUGCCAGGUCAGCAUGCAGUACUCCUCCGUCACACCCAGAGCAGCAACCACUGCAGCCAAAAAUGGUCUAUUCUUAUUUUUCGUUGCCACGUUCAUACAAACUCACCACACUCUCAACCCGCUUUGAGGAUGAUCUGGACAGGGUUUGUAUUGGUAGAGGUGAAAGGGAAGUUGGAAGAAAGGUUGGGCAUAGUGGUUACCAUUGUGGAGGGGACACACCUGUGGGCUCAGGUGGUGGCUGCCAACUCUCUCUGUCCUCAUCCUCUUUCUCCUCUAGCUCAGCUAGCAGUGAAAGCCUUGAAGACAGAUCAUUGUCUCUGUCCGUAGGUGGAGUGGGAAAAGCAAGUCGGUUGGGCACAGGACACAGGGUGGGGGGUGCUCACCCCAAAGUCUCAGCCCACCACCAUCAUCUGCAGAGAUGUGGAUCAGGUGUCCAGAAACAGGGUCAUUUACAGCAGAGGAAAGAUAAGUCCUCCAGCUUUUUUGUCGAUAUGUCCAAAGCCAACACGCUGCCAAGAGUCAAGGAGACUUUGCUGCCAACUGCAUCCCUGAGCCCUGGAGAGUAUGUGAGCAUUGUUUACCAGGGUAAACGAGCAGGGCAUAACAAAGGGAAGAGUACAGAUAAACCAGGGAACUCCAUUGCACAAGGACCUCAAAGAGCCUUUCACAGACCACAGCCGUGUCAGUGUGGAACUGCCAACCUUCCACGGAGCUUCUCAGCACCCCUGUCCACCUCCAUCUCUUUAUCCUCUGAAUAUGUGAACAUGGACUUAGGUAACUCACCUUCUUCUCUCACUCCUCUCUCCUCUUUCAAACCUGUGCCAAAAGUCAGAGAGGAACUCACUAGAGCUCCUCAAGUGGAACAAGAAGUGGCACUUAGGAAGAGCAGGGAGACAGAUUUGACAUCUGCAGAUGUGGCUGCUGCUCCUUUCACAGACUACACUGAGAUGAAAUUUGGAUCCCCAAAGUCCCCAAAACUUGGCCAAACGCCCCGGCCAUCCUCCAUGGAGCAGGAGCACAACUUGAAUUUCCCCUCAACCAAGACCUUUUCAAAUGUUAAUCAGAGUGCCCGACUAGUCAGGGCAGAAUCAUCAGUAAGAAGACGGCACUGCUCAGAGACAUUCAUGGCCCCUCCAACUCUCCCCAUCUCCCCAUCUUCUUCUCCCUCUCUUUUUCCUGAAACACCACACGGUGCUCCACCACGACAGCAAGGAUUAGAGAAUAACCUUUGGGCUAGUGGUCACCCACCCUCCCCACAGUGUGCCAGCCCUGGUAUAGCAAAUCUACCUGCUGUUCAGGCUUCUUCCUUGUCCCUGGAGCAAGGCCUAAACUACAUUGAUUUAGACUUGGUCAGUAAGGAGAAUUCUCAAACCAGUGUUGAUGGACCCUCUGGCCCUCACUCAUUUUUUUCUCCUGUAGUAGGAGGAGUGGGUGAGGCAGGAGGAAGCACUGCCUCCAGCAUCAACACAUAUGCCAGCAUUGAUUUCAUCAAGUCAGAAGAAAUGAGAGUUCAUCAGGCCAGCAGGAAGGACAACAAAGAUUGUUAAUGUGUUCCUGCAGUCAAAAACAAGACGGAGAAGCAGUCAACGCUUGUCCUUCCGGCAGGAGUGUUUGUCUGUGUGUGCACCUGAUGUGUUGUGAAAAAUGGUGCGAUUGCCCAAAUCCCUCUGCAGUGGAUACUUAACUGCCCUAGCCUCACAACAACAUUUACUCUCAUUAGUUUCCAUUAGUUGAAUCAAAAUAACAUUUGUGCCAAAAGACUAUUGGUCAUGUCCACCAGAGAAAACAGAGACGGAAAGGUCAUUCAGCCAGUCAUGAAUGGCCACUGCGAAUCUUGACUGCCAACCAGGAGAAAAUGGAGCCAAUGAUAUUCCUUUUUGCCCUCUAUCACAAACUUUAAAGUAUUGUAAAAGAGAUGUUAAAUAGUAUAAAGAUAGAUGAAAAAUAUAUAGCAGACUUAAUAUUACUGAGAAUAAAUCUAUCUACAUAUAUAUAUAAAUACAACUUUUUUUUAAAAGUGCCUCAUUUUUGAUUGUAGACAUUUUUACACAGAUCUUGAUAUGCUCUGUAAAAGAAAAAUGCUUUGUUCUUUAUUUUGCUUUGCCCGUUCCUUUGUGUUGCUCAGCGUAAGGUAUCCUGAACAAAGUCAAAAGACAGAUUGGAGUUUGAGAGAGAGAGAGAGAGAGAGAGAGAGAGAGAGAGAGAGAGAGAGAGAGAAGAAAUACUAUUAGUUAGGAAGAAGAGCUUUAUUUGCUAUAGUUUGUGUAAUCAGAUUGCCUUACUGUGCUGUAUUAGCGUGUAUGUGUGUGUAAUUCUGUGAUAUCAGUCAUCUAAGCCUCAGCCAUGCUGUGCCUCAGUUCAGUUAAAAAGAGCUGGACUUACAUACACACACACACACACACACUCACACACAAACACACACACACACACACACAUACAAUGAGAGAUCCACGGAUUCAUCUGUUAAUCUGAGCAUGGUGGCAUCAGAUGGCUGGGAGCACAAAAUCAGAUACCUGAGAGCAUUCUGAUCAACAGUAUUGAGAUAGUGUGUGUGUGAUAGAGAGAGAAAGAGAGAGAGAGAAUUGUUAAUGUCGUAAAACCAGGGUAGUAAUAUUGUGUUAUUUGCAAUCCCCAGUUUUCUUCAGCCUCUCACACACACAUUUAGAAUUAAAACUAAAAUGCAACUACAGUUUGUAUAUCAGCAGACUGACCUACAACCUACUCUAUAAAUUUGAGUAUAUCUGUCAUCAUAUUUCUCUCUCUGUCUGACCUGUUGAUGUUGUUACUCUGACUGGUAUUUAGUAUUUACACUUCUAUGCUUACUGAGUUUUUACACAGACACACUUACACACACUUAACUCACCCCUUAAUAGUGAAUGUGCUCUAGUGUUCUCAGCUUUUGAUUAUUAUGUUUCAUUAUUGCAACUUAAAGGUGACAGUUACAAGGGAACAGGGUCUUUUUAUGCGUUCUUUUCACAUUGCUGAAACGUAGCACGGCUGUUCUUUUUUUAAAGUAUUUUUUAAAAAUAUAUUUUUAAGCACCUGUUUUGACUUUUACUAUUCAUUUUAAUGGCUUCUGUAAUUUUCUAAUUAAUCUACAGUUUCAUUUAGUGUAGUGUAUGUAACUUAACAAUAAUCAUUUGUCGAAAUGAUCCUGUUUUAGUGCCAUGUCAUGCAAUGAAGAAAAUAAGUGAUCUCAUAAAGCAAAACAUUUCUGCUUUUUAAUAACAGAUUUAGUAACAGAUAUUUUUCUCUUUUGCCUGCACAAUCUACAUAUUUUCUAUUACUGAUAUAUGCUAAUGUAAACUCAUAUUUUACAUAGUUAAACAGCUGCCUUCAGUUUUAAGGAAUUAACAUUAUGAAGCCUUAUAGUGUUAAAUAAAUGCCUUUUCUAUCAUGUAAAAAUAAGAGCCGCCUCGAUCUUAGGUUGUACAUAUUAUAUACAGUACAUGUUGUUUAACGUGUAAUACAUGCAACAUAAUGUAAUAAUACAAUUGUCCACAUACCUCAUAAUCUCUACUAAGGAUUAAAAUGAACAGAGCAACAAUGGGUGGUGAUUAUGAUGGUGUACUGUAGGGUGGGCUUAAUUAUGUCCCCUUAAGAAUUUGAACCUCAGUGUUUGUUUCUUAUACUGAACUGGACAUAUGCCUUUUUAAAUCCACCUCAUGGGGAGUUCAUGACAAAAACAAAGACAGCAUCUCAAACAUGAACUGUGUUUGCGUGUGUGUGUGUGUAUGUGCGGGCGUGCAUGUGUGUUUCUGUCCACUCCAAUUGCAAAGCGCUUUUGGUUAUUCUGUUUUAUUCUAUGUCUUUACUCUAUUUUGAUUGCCUUAUUGUCUGUAUUAGCUCUUAUUUAAUACAUGGCAGCUGUACAAAUUAUGCUUUUUAUUCUAGAACAAUGGGAAUUAUGUUUGAAGAUUCUGCAUUCUAGAGCAGUGGGAUUUUUUUUUUUUUUCAGAUUGACAUUUUUGUAAUCUGGUGUCUGAUUUGGUGUAGAUAAUUGUAUGUACCCGGUCUUUCUUUGCAGAAAACAUUACAUGGUAUUAAGUGAUGUAGAAAUACAGCCAAGGUCAUAUGUAUAUUGUAGGUAAGGACUAUGUAUAUAUAGUCCAGAAAAAGAAAAGAAAUCCUUUAUUGUCUCUUUAGUACCUGCCAACUGUUAGGAAAAAAGGGUCUGAUAUGCACAAUCACGAGUCUGUGUAAAGGUACUAAGUUGAUCUGUUAUUCUAUAUAUCUAAUGCUAAGAAAAAUUUCAAUGACAAUGGUGUAUAAAGGGGUUUAAUGCAAGAGUUAUUGGGCUGUUAGCUGCUGUAAAGUUCUGUGAAUAAUGGAAAUGCUGGGCUCGCGUGGGCAGGGGAGACUGUAUGGUAUGGAUAUAGUAGAAAUGUCUGUUAAAUUCAGAAAUACCUUAUUGAUUAUUGCCUGUGAUUAAGACAAUGUCACUGCAAUAAAAAAAAAAAUAAAAAGAUGAAAAAGAAU